CUUCUCAUCACUGUCCCUUUUUCUGGAUCACAGGCAGCUCGCAAUGAGAGGCCUCAGCAACUACUGCCUGUCCUGCUGUGUGAACACUCUGCUACAGACCCUCAAUGCUACCUGGGAACUAGCAGAGAUCUUAGAAAAGUGGAACCCAGAUGGUUUGAGAUGCCCAGAUGGUCAUAAUGUCCCCCUCCAGCUGAAGAAAGUUCUCAAAGCCAUGCAGGAAGAUCUUCCUCAGCCGGCUCCACAUGAAGGUUUCCUCCACUGCUUGGACAGAAACCACAUUCGACUGAAAACGCAGCACGACGCAGACGAGGUUUUCCUCUCCAUUCUGGAUUUGAUGCAGCGGCACAUGGAUAACAAAGCUCUGGCUCUUGAAAUUCAGAGUCUCUAUAAGAUCUCAGUGGAGACACACCUGCAGUGUUUGGAGUGCAACACCAUCCAGACUCGAAACAGUCACCUGCUCAGCCUGCCGUUACACAUAAAGGAGGAACAAAACUCUCUGGAAGACUGCAUGAACUCUUUCUUCGAGCAGCAGGAGCUGAGAGGCAUUGAUUGCUGUCUUUGUGAAGCAUGUGGAACCAAGAAGCCAUGCAGACAGGUCAGGAUUUUAGUGCUGAAGAAAAGUGCUCACCUCAUCAGCACAGACCACUCGGGUAUGUGCUCCUGA